UUAUUUUUGUCUAUGACAAAUCUGACAAUAAGUUUUGUUGGCGAAGAUCAUCUGUUUUGGUCGAAUUUUGUCGUAAUUUUACGGCCAUGUGUGGUUUUAAAUACGUGUUUUAUAAAAAAUUUAGUGAUGCUAUCCGCAACAACAAGUAACAAAGUCAAAAACCUAAAAGGAACGGAAACUUCGAUAACUUUAGAACGGGAUGAUAGUGCGCACGAAAACUCAACGGAUGAUAAGAUCAGAGGUUAUGUUAAUGCCUACGAUUCCCUGCCUGGUUUCGAGGGAUCCUCCAGGGAUGGACGUUUUCGACCCCGGGGCCGGGUUACUGAAUUUCGGCCGUCACGUGGCGGUCGAGGCGGCAGCCGCGGUCGAGGCGGUUUCCCGCCCCGCGGCGAACGGGAUCCCUUCGAUAAUUCCUAUAAAUAUCACGAACCGUUAAAUCAGCCCGUGGGUGACUCCUGGUCUCAAGGAAAUAACGACAGCACAUUUUAUGAGCGAUCAGAUUUAGUUUUGAAUUUGCCAGAAGAUCCACGCAUCUCAAAACUGCUACGGCGUCUUUGUGCUGAAAGUGACGUCGAAAAGUCGCUCGCCAUAUGUAGAAAACUUCAAGACGCUGUGAUGAUGCCAGAAAACACUCGAUACAUACGAAGGUCUUACGAAAUUUUGGUGGAAUCACUGUUGGAUGUGCUUUAUGAUGGCCCCGGUCCUGAAACAAAGGAAGGCGCUGCUGCAGUGCUCGGAAGAAUAGGAUAUGUAAUGGGUCCGGACUUUAGAAAACACCUUGAUUGGAUAGUAGCUACUUACUCUGUCCAUAACAACUCAAUCAAACACUUGUUGACAUUGUCUUUAACCGAAACAUACCAACUGGAUUAUCAAAAUCAUGACUUGUCUGAAUUUGCAGAACAAACUCUUGACAGACUACAAGUAAUAAUCGAGGGUACAGACUCAGCUGAUGUGUUCAUGGCUGCCAUUAAUGCUAUGUUAAUCAUGUCUAAUUCAUAUCCAGUGCAAUUUGCCAAUCACUUUGUAGACACUGUAGACAUAUUGGUUGGUUGGCAUGUAGACAAUGCCCAACCAAAUAAAAUUAAACUAUUUGCUUUGCAGUCAUUGUUUAAAUUGAGUAGGCAUUGGCAAGCUGAUGUGGGAUUCUCGGUCAAUUUAUUGAAUCACUUUGUCGAAGAUUUGACUGUUCACUCUCUUGAUCUGGAGUCUGGAAAAAGUGAAGGAGAUGACAUACAAAAAAUUACAUCUUUUUUGAAUGUUUUCAACACAGUCGUCAAGAGCUUAGGAAAUCUUUUAAGCCCUACGGUCUCACAUACUGUCACAUGGGUGUUUUUAACAGAAACAUUCACAAAAAUACUAGAGGUUUUAAAGAAAUCACUCAAGGAUGAUGUGGAAUCUGAUUUAAUAUUAGCUGGUAAUGAAUGCAUUUCGUUGCUCCUAAAAUAUCUGCAGUCUAAAUCAACAUCUUGUGCUUUAGGUUUGUACCCCUUGAUUUAUAUGGAGAUGGAAAAAUACCUGCAAUUUGAUGAGAAUGUAUGCCUCAGUGUAAUUAAUUUAGUGUCAACAACAAUUAAGGAAAUCGCAUCUAAUCUCCCCAUAGAAUUUAUUGGACAAACAAUAGGCCCAGGGUCACUACUGAGACCACUUCGUUACUCUGAGAGUAUACUGAUAUUGAACAGCAUUUUGUCAGUGUACAGUAAUUUGUUAAACUUGAAGAAUAUUCCUCUACUGCAAGAGACCUACAAAUUUGUGUUGACUGACAUCCAGAAUGCAUAUUCGGUCAUUUUACCUGAACUAUCAAUUAUAAAAGCAGAAUAUUUUGAAGAAAUUAAAGAAGAACAUGCAGAGAAAAAUGUAAUAUUUUAUCUUCAAUGUUUGUCUGAGCUUGCAAAUGCGAGUAAUUCUAUAAUUGGCAUGUGGGCACUCCAACCAAGCAUCCUGGAACUGCUAGCCAUAAAAAUGUGUCCGCAUAGUGAAAUAUUAGGUGGUUACAAACCAGCUCUACAAUAUUCAAUACUGUAUCUUUUGUACUCACAUUGCAAGAAAAAUAAUCACUUCAUAGCUUCAAGUGAUUUAAUGAGCAAUACCCAACAGAGAGCUAGUGAUAUAUUUGGUUUAGCCAAUCUGAGUUUAGGAGAUGUUUCAAGCUCAAGCCCAACAUCUGGUCAUCUUGCUGUGAUUUUGAAUACAAUCAGUACGAUUUUGGUUGAAGAUGUACCAAAAGAAACUUUGGUACUUGUAUUGAGCUGGAUAUCUGAUAUUUUUUGCCAGCUGGACAAAUAUUUGCCAAUUGUGAGCUUGUGUAAUGGCUUUCUAGUUUUGGUAACAAACAUGUUGACCUUAGUUCACUGCUUUGAUGAUGAUGUUGUAUUGCUAAUCAUGAAUAAUUGCCACCAUUUACUGAAGAAUAAAAGUUUGACUUGGAAUCUCAUUUUGUUAAAAAAAAUAGCAGUAUUAUGUUUGCUGCAUAUUGACAAUUUUAAUAAGAACCUGGCUGAUGUUUGUAAGCAAGUACUGUUUGAUCUACCUUGGGAUAUCGUGCAGUUGGAAUUAGACAAGCAAGUAGUAAAAGUGUUCACAAGUCGUAAAAUGAGUUUGAAUAUUUUGAAUUGUGAUACGAAAUUCAACUCCUUCAAAGAGUACCUAAUGAGAGGAACGUAUUGUACUUUGUCACAACAACACUUUCAACCGAUCAUGAAUUCACUAUUAGUAUCUGUACCAGUGGAAAAAACCUUUAUACUUGAUUCAUUUCUAUCCACUUGGCCUUUACAAAAUGGAGAUACAGAUGACAAAAACCAGCUCUUCUUCAGACAGUGUGCAAUGACUUUUGAUUCUGUUUGUGUUAGCUGGGCACUCUCUGAGGUCGCACAAACAUGUGUCUCAGUAAAAUUAAGAACAGUCCUGGGAAAGCCACAAGAGACCUUCAUGAAAAUAGAAGGUGCCUUAAAAACAAUGGCAAGAGAGGUUUCAUUAACGGACACAAAAUACACAAGUAAAAAUAGUAAUGACUUAAUAUCCACCAUAAAAAUGGAGCAAAUGAGGUCUUCAUGGAUUACUGAGUUUAUGAUAUUCUUGGAGAAAUAUAUUUACAAUGCAGCUGAAGGUACAGCUACAGUAUUACCAGCAGUUAGCAAACCAGUGAAAACAUUUUUUCACACUAAUUGGUCUACUUGUAGAGAAUGGUUAACAAGAGUGCGCCCUGCCGCACUGGCUGUAAGUCUGCAUGCAGGACAUUUUGGUGCUGCGAUAUAUCACGCCUCUUUGAUGUUACAAGCUGCAGCGAAUUCUAAAACUAAUAUUGACAUUGAAGCCAUAACAAUGACUAUAGCACGUGCCCUUAUUAAAAUUGAAGAACCGGAAGUUUUACACGGCUUUUAUGUUUGGAUUAAAAAGACGUUUGACAAGAAACUUGUUUGGCUAAAAGGAGCUGCAGAACAAGCCAACUCGAGACAUGAAUUAGCAUUAGGCUUCUUCAAGAAAUUAAAGAAUAUCAAGCCGAAUGAUGCUCAACAAGAGACUAUGAUCACUUCACUAUACAAUGACUCUAGAUGUCUUAAAUUCAUAGAUGAACAGAUUAUAGAAAGCUACAAGCAUAUUCAAAGCUGGGAAGAAAUAGAAGAAUGGAAGGAUAUUGACCAACAAAAUCCAAAUUCACAAUGGUACUGUUUAUCUGCUCUAAAGAUGUUCGAAGAGGAUGCGCAAAUUCCUGAAAAACUCUGUAAUUGGAAUGUAUUGGAACUCGAAAGUAAUGAAAUAUCUAAAAACAGCUGUUCAUACCAAGCAUUGUUGAAUAAGAUAGAAUCAACUCUCAUUUGCACAGCAGCGAAUGUUUAUUACAAUGAUUACAAUGAAAAAUAUGAAACUUUAUUGAAAAAUUGUCAAGAACUACUAAAUUCAGCCACAGAAGAGUUCACCAGAAGUAAUUCCAUACAUUUUUUGAAGGAAAUAGCUGUACUACAACUAGCAAACCACGGAUUGAUGAAUGUCGUUAAAAAUGGGAAAGUUUUAACAAACCCUUUCAAACCAUCUAGCGUGAAAGAACAUAAAUAUGUGACUGAAUUGAAAAACCUCAGCAGAGUAGUGUGGUGGAAUCAAUACUUUACAGAUUUGAAUGUGACGGAAGAAAAUGUUUUCUUCACUGAAAGUCUUCGACUAGACCUUAUUAAGAGUGCGAGAAAAAACGCUAACAUCAUGAUGGCUAAAAGGGAACUUCUAAAACAUUUUAAAAAUAACUCUGCAUUCCAGUUGUAUCUGGGUGAAGUCGAGAAUUUGGAAGAAUUGAGUGAAGUUUUGCUUAUGUCUACAAAUUCAUACAAUUUAGAUAUUUGGACUCCUAAUAAUGCUUGUGCUUUGACCGAACUCUGUAAAUUGGCGUAUGCAAAAGAAGAUACGAAAAUGCCAGCAAUUAAUUUGUGUGCUAGUAUUUCGUUUGGAUUUUCUCAAAGACUAGCAAUGGGUGAACAGAGUUAUGAGCUUCGUGAAAGGGGCACUAGGAUGCUCUUGACUCUUUCUAAAUGGGUUCAGAGUGAAACAGAAAAUGUUUUAGACGUUGAUUCGCCAUUAUCAAAACUAGUAUCAGCUUUGCCUGAAAUUGGCUUAGUGGAUAAUAAUGUUUCCGAGAAUGUAAUUCCGCUAACGGACUCUGCUGUUGGUAAAUUAUUGCAAUUUGGAGUCAAUCAGUGCCCAGGAUUGGCCAAAGCGUGGGCAAAUUUUGCAGCUUGGUGCUUUAGAUGGGGUAGGAAAAUGGUCGAAUUCAGUUCCAAAACGAGGGAACAAUUGACUGAAAAUGACAAACUGCAAAUCGAAAGCGUUAUGAUUGGAUGUUCUCCUGAAGAUUUUGAAGCUGUUUGCGAGAUUCUUUCUAAGACUAAAGCUACAUGUGAUGACGAAGACAUAGAUUGGAAUGAGAUUAACACAUCGGAAAUGAUUGAAAGUCAGUUAAGGACCGUGCCGUCGCUCAGUAAUGCUUUCCCCGAACAUUUGGCGCUCCUAGUCGACAUAUGGCGACAAGCCCAGAAACGAGUGUUUUCGUACUUCGAAUUAUCGGCAGAUGCAUAUUUCAAGUUCCUUCAAUUGAUAUGCGCUUCUGACUACAUAAACCACAGUGGGGAAAAUGCUGUGGUCACUGCUACUUUGAGACUGCUACGUUUGAUAGUGAAACAUGCCAUGGAAUUGCAGACUGUUUUAGAAUCUGGAUUGGCCAAUACACCUACACAACCGUGGAAAGUAAUAAUUCCACAACUAUUUUCAAGACUAAAUCACCCUGAGACAUACGUAAGGAAGUGUGUUUCAGAUUUGCUUUGUAGACUUGCGGAAGACACUCCUCAUUUGAUCACCUUUCCAGCCGUCGUUGGUGCAGUGGAAAACGAGCAAUCUGAAUUGCCUGAGUUGAAUUUUGCUAGAUCUUUACUCUCGAACGAUGCCGAAAGCUGUGAAGAUAAUCUUGACCUCCAUGAUGCUGCUAGCGAUAAAGUGGUUAACAACGAGUUGAAUUCAUGCUUUCUAGACAUGGUUGAGACUUUAGCGAAUCAGGCUCCCACAACUAUACUCCAAGUAAAACUACUGGUCAAAGAGUUGCAAAGAAUCAACUUACUAUGGGAUGAACUCUGCUUAGGAACUCUGGUUCAACAUCACUCCGAUUUUACUAAGAGGCUAGCGCAGUUGGAAACUGAAGUAACAUUAGUGAAGAAUAACGAAAAUCUAUCUGCAGAAGACAAAGAAAAAUUAAUAAAAGAAAAACAUCGCAUUAUAUUCGAACCUAUAGUUUUUAUUCUUGAACAACUUCAGCACGUGACGUCAGCGAAGCCUGAGACACCACACGAGGUUGCGUUCCAGGCAAAAUUUCAGUCACUAAUUAUUGAUGUGAUCGACAAGUUAAAGAAUCCUACGAAUCCUGAAAAACCACAAGAAUCGUGGGCUCCGUUUAAGCAGUUACAAAUCAAACUCCAACAGAAAGUUAAUAAGAGAACUUCUUAUAUACUGAGGAUGUCCGAUAUUAGUCCAGUUCUCGCUGAAAUGAAAAACACGGUUAUCACUAUGCCCGGUGUACACACAAAUCAAAGAACGGUCAGGGUGACUAUACGAUCUGUAGAAAACAACGUUGCUAUUCUGCCAACCAAGACAAGGCCUAAAAAGUUAGUGUUUUACGGUUCCGAUGGAAAAUCCUACACGUACUUGUUCAAAGGUUUGGAAGAUUUACAUUUAGAUGAGAGAAUUAUGCAACUGCUAUCGAUAACCAAUACAAUGUUGGCGCGAGAUUCCGAAAACAACAACAAUCAAACAUACCGAGCGAGGCAUUAUUCCGUAAUUCCUCUGGGACCCAGGUCUGGUCUCAUUAGUUGGGUAGAUAAUGUAACACCACUUUUUGCCCUGUACAAACGUUGGCAGAAUCGUGAAGCCGCCGUUAUAUCAACCAAAACGAACAAGACUGUCAACGUUUUGCGUCCAUCAGAACUAUUUUACAACAAACUGAAUCCGUUGUUAAAAGAAGCGGGUAUUUCUACCGACAACAGAAAGGAGUGGCCCGUGACGAUACUGAAGCAAGUACUGCAGGAAUUAACCGCAGAAACUCCCCGUGAUCUACUGUGGAGAGAGUUGUGGUGUGGUAGCGUGACGCCGGAACAGUGGUGGCAGAUGACUCGCCGGUACAGUUACUCUGUUGCCGUGAUGAGCACUAUCGGAUACAUAAUAGGGUUAGGUGAUAGACAUUUGGACAAUGUGUUGGUGGACUUAACGUCCGGUGAAGUGGUGCAUAUAGACUAUAACGUGUGCUUCGAGAAAGGCAAGACUCUCCGUGUGCCGGAGAAGGUACCCUUCCGGCUGACGCCCAACUUGGUCGCAGCUCUUGGAGUUACUGGAGUCGAGGGCAUAUUCCGUCUCGCCUGCGAGCACGUGUUGCGCACGAUGCGUCGUGGCCGCGAAACCCUGUUGACGUUGUUGGAAGCGUUCGUGUACGAUCCGCUGGUCGAAUGGGGCGGCAGCAGCGGAGGGAAGCGACGCCGCACGCAGAGAGACGUUAAAUCGGCUUUGGACAUGAUGGCGGUGAGAGCACAAGAAUUGCAACAUAGUCUGGCCCAAGUCACAGAACAAUUUCUGGCCAUCUUGCCUGGUAUCAUUGAAAGCGCUGACAAGUGGCAAAAAGAACAUGAAGAACUGGUUGAAGUCGAGGCGAGACUCCAAGAUUGCCACCAACAAAUGGCACUAAUCAAAGAAAUAGAAGCAUAUGGACCUAAUCUGAACAACCAUCCAUUGCACGCAAUCUCGCAAAAGUACUCUUCAUACAAACAAGCUAAGAAUGCUGUUGAAGAUUCCAAAAAAGCGUUAGUCAAAAUACUGAAUGAUUUUGACGCACAGAUCGAAAGUUUCUCAGCGACUUCUGAACUUCUUAAUGGUCCGCAAUUGAUGGCUUGGGUGCAAGAAUUUUCCGCUCCAAACGAAGAAGAAGACACGCCGAUCUUUGAACACAUAAAAGAUUUUCUAACAAAUGCAGGUCAAAGCUCCAUGAUCACUCAAUGCGAACAAGCCGAAAAAGAAUUUUAUCAAUCUUUGAAACAGACCCAGUGCAUCAUUAGGGCUUGUCUGGAACUUUUGUCACAAUACGUAGCUGUCUCUCAAUAUUUCCCACAGAGUCAAACGGAAUACCAUCGCAUAGUUAUGUUCCGGAAGUUCCUUGCUGCUGCUCUAGACAGCAAAUCGCCCGAGGUUUGCCGAGAGGUUGCCAGUCAAGUCAACGCCAUCAUCAAUGCGGAGAACAACAAAGGCGAUCCGCAACAAAUUAUUGCUUAUAAUUAUCGCUUGGAAACCAUCAGUGCUAAAGCGAACGCAAACUUGGCUAAGUGUGUUGAGAAGUUGCAACUAGAAGGUGGACCAGAAGCCAUGGCUGUUGCUCAAGAAGCUUACAGAGAGGCAAAGGCGAGCAUCGGCAACUGGGUCAGGUCUGAAGAAGGAGCCGCAACCGCUUUAGAAUGUGCUGUUAUCAGCAUGCUGUGUCAUUUAAAUCGAAGAUAUCUGAUGCUUGAGAGCGGUGCCCAAAGUGCUGGUGAUUGUCUCGUGGACUUAACGUCGAGAGAAGGAGAGUGGUUCCUAGAUGAUAUGAGCGCUUUGUCGACCCAAGCUGUGGAGCUUUUAUCGCUGCUGCCGUUGCAGUCUGCUUCAGUAGAAGACGCUGCUUUACCAGUAGCAGUGGAAUGUGUUCGGAAUGUGAAUUACCUGCUAGCUGAUUUGGUCCAACUAAAUUACAAUUUCAGCACGAUCAUACUUCCUGAAGCGUUAAAGAAGAUACAUUCUGAAGAACCGUCUGUCCUACUAAUGAUAAAUGAACUGAAUGUGGUCAUAAUGAAUUCUACUGUGCCUUUGAACGAGUUAUUGGCCCAGCUUGAAGUGCAUCUUAGAUACUUGGUCAUGGAUAUGGAGUACAUUGUUUUGCAGUCUCCAGCAAGCAGCGCUCAAGUUGUAGCGGCAGAACUGCGUGCUCGUUAUGAAGCACUGCUUUCUGCCCCGACUUCUGAUGUGGAGGGACAGUCUUCAGGACGAAUGCUGCUUAUGGGUUUCAACGGUCUAUUCGCUGCUGUAGAAUUGAGAGGAAGGGAACUGGCCGACCACUUGGCAAUACCUAUACCUCCAGCUUGGAGGAAGAUUGAUCAUAUCAGCGAAUCUAUGCACAUGUCUGCGACUCUCCAAAGCCCCGUGAUGCGGUCGGUCUUGGAGGACAUAUUCCUGGUGCGCCGCAUCCAGACCAUCGCGGAAGUGUUCGCCAUGUGCACGCAGAUGGCGUGCGCCUUCAAGGGCACCGGACCCUUGAGUGUUUAUGAUGACGCAGCGCUGUGCAAGCCCGUCAGACGCUUCACAGCGGAGUACGUAUCGCGCUGUACGCUGGGCGUGGGCUCACGAGCUCUGGCGGCCGCGCUCUGUCUCCUGCUACAUCGGCACGGAGUCGACAUUGCUGCCGAAGUGGAACAGAAGGAAAUUGGUGCGUCGUGGAGCGUGUCGUUGGAGUCGUUGUGCGAGAAGGCGGCGGGCGGGGAGCGCGGGGCGGCGCUCGUGCGCGACGUGCAGGCCGCUCGUGCCGCGCUCUGUGCCGCCGCCGCCGUGCUGCGCGCGCACGCACGGGCGCUCACCACCUCGCACCACGCGGCCCGCGCGCACCUUGCGCACCUGCAUCUGCACCACGAGACCGUCGGCGGGCACCGCGACCUGUGCGCGUUGCUGGCGCGGCGCUCGCGGGAGUUGUCCGCGGGCCUCGAGCGGCUCACCGCCGCCGCCGCCAAGAUGAAGUCUCUGCUAAACUCGGCUCACCAGAGAGUAAAAUGGGGCGCCGGCGCCAACCCGUCGCUGUCGAGCAUCGUGUCGCGGCUGGAGCAGGCCGGCGCCGCCGCAGACACGCGGGCUGCGCGAGCCCUAUCCGCCGCCGCCGCGCUCACCGCGCCCGCCCGCUGCGCCGCUCGCGCCCGCCUACGACCGCCGCGACACGCGCGCACCCUCGCCGCCGCCCUGCACCACUGGGAGAAGGCGUGCACCCUAGCGCAGAAGUACGCCCUGGAUGUGUCGCCGGUGGAAGAAGCCCUCAUGGAGAUGUUGCACCCUGAAGGGAAUAUAGAUACACAAUGGGUCGAGAACGUCUCGGCGCUGCUCCGCGAGAUGAUAGCGCAGCUGGUGGCAGAUGUUGCCGCCCGCCAGGAGCGCGCGGCGAGCGCGGGUGCCAGCGUGCGGGAGAGCGUGCGGGGUGCGGGCGCGGCGGGCGCGGCCUGGCGUGACGUCACGGCCGCCGCGGCGCCGCAUCUGCUGGUGCUGCAGCCGGCGCUGCAGGGCAACAACCCCGCGCAGGAGUACCUGAGUAUGGAGCGCGAGCUGUCGCGCGAGCUGGCGGCGCUGAAGGCGGGUGCGGCGGGGAGCGGCGCGGCGGGGGGCGCGGCGGCGGGGGGCGCGGCGGCGGGCGACGUGUCCCGCGGCGCGCGGCGCGUGCGCGAGCUGCUGCCGGCGCUGGCGCACACGCUACUGCAUGUCCACGAGAACUGGCCGACGGAGCAGGGCGGCCGCAAGCUGACGAGACAGGCCGCCGUCACCUCCAACAACAAGCACGCGUGCGAGAGCGCGGUGGGCGCCAGCGUGUGGCGCCGGGUGCGGCUCAAGCUGGAGGGGAGGCCGCAGCCGCACGAGCUGGUGGACCACCUGAUAUCUGAGGCCACCAGCGCGGAAAACCUGUGCCUGAUGUACGAAGGCUGGAUGGCCUGGGUGUGAUCCGCAGACGACUGGCUCUCGCACUGAGCACACUCCUGGUCCCGCUCCUGGGCGCGCCCCCCCGCCCGCAGUGGGGGGCGCAGGGGGGCGCCUGGCGACCUAGCCUUCAAUCAUUACUUGUACUCGGACGGCUCCGGACGGCCGCGAGCCGACUCGCGACUAAUGGAAAUAAACAAAACGUUCGACGUCGGGUCGAUGAUACGGCCGAUGUCGUCACUCGGAGAAUGACAAGCGCCGGACGCGCUGCGGACCCCGGGCCCUCGUGCCGCACGGGACUCGGGCCCGGCACGGUCUUGGGAUAUCGACUUCACAUAUGCGAACUUUCUUCAGUAAUAUUAAAUAUACACGUAAACGUAACCUGGCGCAUGACGUCAUAUGUGGGUGCACAAAGCGACGAAAUACUUACGUCGACGUCACUCGCCGACCCCGCCAGCCGCCGCCGAGUUUCUUGCUGGUUCUUCUCGGCGAGCCUCGUUCCGAACCAGCGGUAGUGUCCUCGCGUCUGCGGCCUGUUCGAUCGUCGAGCUCAAUUAAACAAAAAGCUUAAAGUUCGUAAAGUAGGAGCAGGCCGCAUCGUCUACCAUUACUCGUGUAGGUAUCAUUAGUGUAGUCCAGCUCAGUCCCGGUCCCCCGAGCGCGUCGCUACAGUAGUUGUUCAAUACAAUCCGUAUCCAUCGGGGAACGGGUCUAAGUGUAGUAUAUGUUAUAAUACGUUAUCACAAUAUGUAUGGCUUGCUGUCCUCCCUCCAGCGGGGGCGCGUAAUGUUUGUGAUGACGAAUGCAUUUCUAACGUCCAGCCCCUAAUACUGUGCCCGUAAUGUUCCUUUGUUAACAUUUCUCGUUCCUGGUGAGCUACGUUACGACCACAUCCCACAAACUUUACCACUUCACACAUAAAGUACAAUGCUGAUCUUAAAAUGUAACGGAAAACAAAUUCUGUGAUAAAAUGUUUGUUGUUAAUUUUCCGAAAAUCCUGUAAUAUCGAUCGAAUAGUCACGUAUUCCUUAAUGCUGUUUUUUUUUAAUAAAGUUAUUUUGUUAAUUUAUUACUCUCGCAAUAAAAUAUGUCUGUGUACAAUAUGUCCGCUAACAACGUGCGCCGUGGAGUGUUCUCUCUCAUACAUGCUCUGUUUCUUAUUGUAUUUGUGAUUUAUAUGGGAACUGAUAAGAUUAUUGGUAACUAUGUGAUAUCUACAAUCAGAAUGUAAUUUCAGUAACCCUUCUACUAAAACAUCACAAAUUUGUUUAUUUUCAGAAACAAUCUUUAAUGCUACCAUAACUGUUAAUGUUUUAAUAUUUCCAAAUGAUUCAAGAUUUAUAUUUUUUAAACAAAUUAUUUUUAUGAAAAGUUAGUCUAAAUGCAUUCGUCUGCUAUGUGAAUGAAUGUGUCGCUUAAUUAUAUAAUAUUAUUAAACGGUGUACGCUAUGUA